GAACUGCGUACGCGCAGCCACCGAAGUGCAAUUUCGUAAUUAAUUUAUUUAUUCAAACGACAAUGUCAAGACGUACGGUGACGAACGAGCGCUGCAGCGGGCUGCUGGAGGCGGUCCAGAUCGCGGCGGAGGUGGACGCCAUAGGGGGGCGGGCGGUGGCGCGCCAGGGGACUGUGCUGCCGAUACACUGCGCGACGCCGGAGAUGGUGGCGGAGUUGGCGCCGAAGACGCACCACUACUGCGACAUCUUCACGGAGGAGCUGCUAGCGCCGUUAGGGGAACUAGCGCUCGUCCGCAUCGAUGAGAAUACCGCUGAGAAGGUAUUCAUAAACCGCAACAAGCGGUUACUACUUGUAUCAAGCGAUGGCGUCCUGGCUCAGUGGCGCACAGCCGGCACGUUCGAGUCUCAGAACCGCUUCAUCGCUGGCACGCCAGUUUGCACGCACCGCGGGGAGCUAGCCAGUGUGGUCACCGCGCGCAGGGCGCAUCAUUACGCCGUGUCUAAUUUUGAGGGCGACGGCGGGUACUUCGAGACUUCCCUACCCUGGGAGAUCAAAGACAUAGAAGAAGGUAAACUGAUCUACGGUGACCGGGCCUUCCCCACCAGAGAGGCGCUGAGGGAGUACGUGCAGAAACUCCCUCCCGUAGAGGUAACCCCCACCUCCCCCCCACGGCCGAUCCUGUGGCGGGGGGCGACGGCGCGGGUGGUGCUCGUUGCAGCCAGCGGAAGACAGAUCAGCCACCAGUACUUGCAUGGAGUGCAUUCGGAUAAUAUUGAGUAUUUGUAAGGUUUAAUAUGCGACAGGCACUAGGCAGCCACACCGAGACAGUAUAGUACUGAUGAACACGAUAACUAACAUUCUGUAACAAACGGACCUUUUCUCAUUUUGUCCCUUAUAAUUUGAACAAACCUUUUAACUUAUCUACUU